AAUGGUAUAGAAGCAUCACUGAACUCUAUAAUGAGAACCAUUUAUCAUUAUUUAUAAAUUGCAUGUGGCGGCUCUGAGGUGAUCAAGCAAAGAAAGGAGCAAAAUAGAACCAAACGAAGAAUAUCGUACCAAGACUGCGUAGCUGACAUAUUUUUGGUGACUAUCUCCUUCCCUAGAUCGACGGACUCCCGACUCCGACCCUCUGCAGGAUUGUCGACUCACUGACCGAGUCUGACCCUGAUUUCAUAGCCUGAUGGAGCCCUCAGAGGUCGCAGUCGGAGGUAGUUACCUAGUCCAGCGUCCCGACCGACAGUGGCACAGUGCGGUGGUACUACAGCAGCGACCCUCGGGAGCACACACAGAGUACUACGUCCACUAUGACGGACACAAUCGGAGACUGGACGAGUGGGUGCCCAUUGGACGAUUAAGACGUCAAGAAAGCGAUCCCAACUCUGGCAAAGAUCGCUCCUCCAGCUCCGACCCUUUGCUAGACUCUGACCGAAAGAUCACCAGAAAUCAGAAACGCAAACACGAUGAGAUCAAUCAUGUCCAGAAGAGCUAUGAUGAAAUGGAUCCCACGACAGCGGCGUUAGAGAAAGAGCAUGAGACGAUCACGAAGGUUAAAUACAUCGAUAGGGUUCAGAUCGGCCGGUAUGAGAUCGACACGUGGUACUUUUCACCGUAUCCUGAUGAGUACAUGAAACAGCCCAAGUUGUACAUAUGCGAGUACUGUCUCAAGUACAUGAAACUGGAGACAACCUACCGGCAUCAUCUGGGAGACUGCGGGUGGCGUCAACCGCCCGGUCGAGAGAUCUACCGAAAAGGAACGCUCUCGGUGUAUGAAGUGGAUGGAGCCGAUCACAAGGUCUACGGUCAGAAUCUCUGUCUGCUCGCCAAACUCUUCCUCGACCACAAGACGCUCUAUUUUGACGUGGAGCCGUUCCUGUUCUACAUUCUCUGUGAAGUGGACAAACAGGGAGCUCACGUAGUGGGCUACUUCUCCAAGGAGAAAGAGUCGCUGGAAGGGAACAACGUGGCCUGUAUCCUGGUGCUGCCUCCGUACCAGCGGAAAGGUUACGGAAAACUGCUGAUCGCCUUCAGCUACGAACUCAGUAAGCUGGAGGGCGUGUGCGGCAGCCCGGAGAAGCCUCUCUCCGAUCUGGGAAAGCUCAGCUACCGGUCCUACUGGAGCUGGAUCAUACUCGAGGUGUUGUAUGAAUACAAAGAUAUCGCCAACCUGGCUGUACUCAGUGAGAUCACCUCCAUCGCAUUGCCUGACGUCAUCACCUCCCUGCAGUCGCUCAACAUGCUCAAAUACUGGAAAGGUCAACACGUUCUCUGUGUAACUCCAAAGCUGAUCGAGGACCACAUUCGCUCUGACGAGUUCCGGAGGCCACGGCUUUCGGUCGAUACCACGUGUCUCAGGUGGGUGCCUCCAAAGCGCAUCCCAAGAAAGAAGUAACACUCCAGACAGCUUCCAUCACUGCAAAGGAUGAAUGAAGCCGCCUGCAACGCCUGAAUACGGUAUAGCGACGUCGCAAAUAUGUCAUAUGACGUCACAGACCAGUCAAUUAAUCGCACGUUCUAAACCAAACCACUAAGGUUAGCUGCCUGCGUGAAAAACAUCGUUAUUGCGUUAUUGCUUGAAGAAGCUAUUUCGAAAUUCGAACAUCAGCCAUGUUGUGCGAAUCACGUGGCGUUUUCUUUGUCGAUAAGGGAGCCCCAAUCACGGCUGGUGUUUCCAGUGAAGACUUGUUUUCUUCGUCGGUUAGAGAGCCUCAGGCGAUCUCUCAGUGCUGCUUUUCGUCCCAAAGUCCGAGUCAAUGCUUACAUGGGCGAAUCAUUGUACAAAUACAUCGGACAUGAAUAUAAAAGCGAUUUUUGGGCA